CCAAACCUCCAUUUUUGGCUUCCCUCUAUUAGCCGAAUAAGCACGUGUCUUGUAUUCUUAGUUAAGCUGUCGCAAAAAUAAAAAUAUAAAGCAAAAAUGGCCAGUGAUUUAGAGAAGCAAAUCAUUAAACAAAUUGAAUAUUAUUUUGGAGACAUAAAUUUACCUCGUGAUAAAUUUUUACAGGAAAAAAUAAAAGAAGAUGAUGGUUGGGUUAGCUUAGAAGUAUUGCUAACAUUCAAGCGUUUGGCUUCUUUAUCUACUGAUACAGAAGUUAUUGCAAAAGCAAUGGAAAAAUCAGAAGACAAUAUAGUGGAAGUCAGUGAGGACCUCAAAAAAAUAAGGCGCCAUCCUGAAAAUCCUGUUCCCGAACUAAAUGACGAACGACGUCAACAGCUUAUGGCUAGAACUGCAUAUGCAAAGGGAUUUCCUCUCGAUGAAGACUUUAAUAAAAUUAUUGCUUUUCUUGAACCAUAUGGCCCUAUUGAAUCCUGCAACCGACGAUCUACUAAAGAUCAUAAAUUUAAGGGUUCAUGUUUCAUAAUUUUCAAAGACUUAGAUACUUGUAAAAAAUUUGUGGAAUUAGAAAGUGUAAAAUAUGGAGAAACAGAACUAAUAAGAAAAUUCCAGAAAGUAUAUUUUGAUGAUAAAACAAAGGAAAUAGAAGAGAAAAAACAGGCCAAAAAAGAAAAGAAAGCUGCUGCUGCAGCAGCUAAUGAGAAACCAGAAAAACAAAUUGAGUUUCCUAAAGGAGCUGUAAUAUAUUUCUCUGGACUGGAAGAGGGUCAAAAUUUGACAAGAGAAGAAUUGAAGGAUAAAGUUAAAGAAGUAGGAGAUCUGGAAACACAGUUUAUAGAUUUCAAAAAGGGUGAUAUAAAAGGUUAUUUACGUUUUCCAGAAGAGAACAAUGCAGUUGAAUUCUUUAAAAAAAUUGAUGAUGGUGUAUUAGAAGUUAGUGGUUUUAAGCUUAAACUAAGAGUUGUUGAAGGAGAAGAAGAAGAGGAAUAUUUGAAAAAAAGUUCAGAUGAAAUUCAUGAAAUGAGAAAGAAACAAAAGUUGAAUGGAAAAAAUAAGAAACGCAAGGGUAAUUAUGGCCGUGGCGGCAGGGAGGCUAAAUCACGAAGAACUGAUUAAUUUAAUUUCUUGUUUACUUUGGUGUUGCUAUUAAGAUGUUAAUUAGGGACUUUUUGUAUUAGUUAUAAAUGAUACUAUCCUAUCAUACAAAAUAAAGUUUAUCUUUUAAUGGUGACACAGUGACCUAAAAUUGGGUUUAUAUAUUUUCUACAAAUUGUUUUCUGUUUGAAAUAAAAUAUUUGUUAAGUAAAAAGUUUAUGAAAAUAAGGAAAGGUUUUAUUAUUUUUUUAUCAAUUUAAAUUUUGAUAGUAGUUGAAUUUGUGCAGUUAAUAUAUUAGAAUGAAUAUAUAAACUUAAUAAAUAUGGUUGUAAGAUAAUAUGACUUUUUGUUACAGAGA